UCCAACACACAAAUAGUUCGCUAACAAGCAGACAAGUGUCCAAUAGCGUUUGCAUCAUUUAAGGCAUAAUGGAGAUAGCUUUUCUCAUGUUGUUGGUUCUCUCUCUGCUCCUCUUCCCUAAUGGCAUCUGCAAGAGUUUAGCCUCUGGGCCUCCUGUUGUGAAUAUUGGGUCUAUUCUUCAAUUCAACUCCACCACUGGAGGUGUUGCGGCAGUUGCCACCCAUACAGCCUUGGAAGAUAUCAACUCUGAUCCAACAGUUCUUAAUGGAACAACACUAAAGGUUCAAAUCAAGGAUACAAAUUGCUUUGAUGGUUUCCUUGGCAUGAUUCAAGCUUUGCAGUUCAUGGAGAGUGAUGUUAUUGCGCUCAUUGGCCCUCAGUGCUCCACAAUUUCUCAUAUCAUUUCAUAUGUAGCAAAUGAGCAUCGAGUCCCUUUGAUGUCAUUCGCUUCUGAUGCAACUCUUUCAUCGAUACAGUUCCCGUUCUUUGUCAGGACUGGUCCCAAUGAUCUCUACCAAAUGGCGGCUGUGGCAGAACUUGUCGACUACAACCACUGGAAGAUAGUGACUGCCAUAUACAUUGAUAAUGUUUAUGGUAGAAAUGGCAUUGCUGCUUUAGAUGAUGCACUCACUUUAAAGCGCUGCAAAAUAUCCUACAAGGUUGGGUUUCCUUCGAACGCUAAAAGGAGUGACCUCAUAAAUCUGUUGGUUAGUGUCAGUUCUAUGGAGUCUCGUGUUAUCAUUCUCCAUACUGGAACUGAACCUGGACUCAAGCUUUUCUCUAUGGCACACCAACUGAACAUGAUGGGCAACGGGUAUGUGUGGAUUGCAACUGACUGGCUGUCUGCAUAUCUUGAUGCUAAUUCAUCAGUUCCUGCUGAGACCAUAUCUGGUCUGCAAGGUGUUCUUACUUUACGGCCACAUAUUCCCAACUCAAAGAUGAAGAGCGAUUUGAUCUCCAAAUGGAGCACACAAUGUAAAAAUUACAACUAUAGUGAUCUUCGUGUAAAUACUUAUGGUUUCUAUGUUUAUGAUAGUGUCUGGGCAGUAGCUCGUGCUCUGGAUGCCUUCUUUGAUGAUGGUGGUAGGAUUUCCUUUUCAAAUGACUCGAUGCUGCAUGAUGAAACUGGAGGAACUCUUCACCUUGAAGCAAUGAGCAUUUUUGACAUGGGAAAUAAAUUACUCGAGAAGAUUAGAAAGGUCAACUUCAGUGGGGUAUCUGGGCAAGUGCAAUUCGAUGCUGCAGGCAACCUCAUUCAUCCUGCGUAUGACAUCAUAAAUGUCAUUGGAAAUGGCAUGCGGACCAUUGGUUUUUGGUCAAACUAUUCUGGCUUGUUGUCGACUGUCCCUCCAGAUGUUCUAUAUUCAAAGCCUCCUAAUAUUUCUCUCGCCGAUCAGCAUCUCUAUGAUGUCAUUUGGCCUGGGGAGACUGCACAGAGGCCUCGAGGAUGGGUUUUUCCUUCUAAUGCCAAGCAGUUGAAAAUUGGUGUUCCCAACAGAUUUAGCUUCAAAGAGUUCGUCACGGUAGACAAUGCUACUGGGUCAAUGAAGGGUUAUUGCAUCGAUGUCUUUACUCAGGCAUUGGCUUUGCUUCCGUAUCCUGUUAGUUACAAGUUUGUACCUUUUGGGAGUGGUGCUGAAAAUCCUAAUUAUGACAAACUUGUACAGAUGAUUGAAUCAAAUGAGUUUGAUGCAGCUAUAGGGGAUAUUGCAAUUACAAUGAGGCGGACAGUAAAUUUUGAUUUCACCCAGCCAUUCAUUGAAACAGGCUUGGUUAUCUUGGCUCCGGUUAAAGAGCAUAUAACAUCGUCCUGGGCAUUCUUGCAGCCAUUUACUUUGGAGAUGUGGUGUGUUACAGGGCUGUUCUUUCUUAUUAUGGGUGCGGUUGUUUGGGUUCUUGAACAUCGGAUCAAUGACGAUUUCCGUGGUUCAGCAUGCCAACAAAUAAUAACUAUUUUCUGGUUCAGCUUUUCGACUUUGUUCUUCGCACACAGAGAAAAUACUAUGAGUAGCUUAGGGCGUGGUGUCCUGAUCAUAUGGCUGUUUGUUGUUUUGAUAAUUGUAUCCAGCUAUACCGCGAGUCUUACUUCCAUCCUGACUGUGCAACAACUUGAUACUUCUAUAAAAGGAAUCAAUGACCUGAAAAAUAGCAAUGAUCCUAUUGGUUUCCAAGUUGGUUCCUUUGCACAAGACUACAUGGUCAAGGAGCUCAACAUCUCACGGUCAAGGCUAAGAGCUCUCGGUUCACCACAAGAAUAUGCUCAAGCCCUCAAGAUAGGCCCUAAGAAAGGAGGUGUUAUGGCCAUUGUCGACGAGCGCCCCUAUGUUGAACUGUUUUUGUCAACCUACUGCAAGAUUGCCGUAGCUGGCACAGAUUUCACCAGCAGAGGAUGGGGCUUUGCAUUUCCAAGGGACUCCCCUUUGCAAGUAGACCUCUCCACCGCAAUCCUGUCUCUGUCAGAGAAUGGGGAGCUGCAGCGGAUCCAUGCCAAAUGGCUCAAGACAGGGGAGUGCGCAACUGAAAACAGCGAGUUUGUCGACUCGGACCAGCUCCGUCUUGAGAGCUUCCUUGGUCUGUUCCAAAUCUUUGGCGUGGCAUGUGUUCUCGCGCUGGUAAUCUACUUUGGUAUCAUGCUAUGCAAAUACCUGAGUCAUGAAUCGAGGAAGAGCCUCCGAAGAUUCUUCUCGUUCGUCCAUGGGAAGGAGCCGCCGAAGAACAAGGAGAGGCGGUCCAUGAGCCUGCCUGGAAGCUCGACGCCAACAACGCCAAUGAGCAGCCUUAGUACUGUUGACAUGGAAAGGCCGGGCAGGCCAGUCAGAAAUGGCAGCGUUAUUGAUAUGGAAAGCUAGUUCAUGUGUGGUUUAUUUCUCAAGGCAGCUGGGAAACUAUUUUGGGUGAAACAACAAUGCAGUCGACUAACCUAGGUUCUGGUAGUCAGGCAGUAGCGGUGUAUAGGGGGUUUCAAAAUACUUCUUAAGUACUACCUCCGAUCCGUAAAAAAUGUUGCAGUUUUGAACUAACCCCAGUUCAAAACCACAACACUUAUUUUGGAUCGGAGGGAGUACUAGAUUUUGAGAAAUAAGAGAAGGAAAGAUUAAUAAGAAAUAAAAAUAUUGAAAUGCU